CCUUUGUCAUGGUUACGUGCUACGUCAUGAAGCCCGUAUUCGCCGGAAACAUGGAAAGAGUUCAUAGCAGCGGGCGAGAUCCCGGUGGAUAACCAUGUCUGACGUAUAGCAACCACCAAGGUGACUACUUAACUUCCUGCUCACAAUCCUUCUCAAGACUGUUUUAAUUUGCGAUUUGUGUGACUGUGCACUUUCCUCUUAGUACUUUACCAACCUAUCUUAACCAAAUUAUAUUGAACACCAUGCCGUAUCUUAAACUUCGAGACGGAGCCGAGCUUUUCUACAAGGACUGGGGCAAUCCAGAUGGGCAGAUCGUCACAUUCUCUCAUGGCUGGCCACUCAGCAGCGACAACUGGGAGAACCAGAUGUUCUUCCUGGCCGAGCAUGGCUACCGCGUCAUUGCGCACGACCGACGGGGUCAUGGGCGAUCUACCCAGACCUGGAACGGCAACAACAUGGAUACAUUUGUGGAUGACCUGAAGGAGCUUUUCGAGCAUCUCAACAUUAAAGAUGCCAUGAUGGUCGGGCAUUCUCAUGGCGGAGGAGAAGUGACCCAUUUUCUCGGCAAGCAUGGUACCAGCCGCGUCAAGAAAGCUGUGAUUGUCGGGGCUGUGCCACCGCUGAUGGUCAAGUCCGCGGCAAACCCCGAGGGAACAGACAAAUCGGUCUUCGACUCCUUCCGCGAAGCGAUGCGUAAAGACCGGGCACAAUUCUUUUUGGAUGUUCCUAGUGGACCAUUCUUCAAUUUCAACCGGGACGGGGUCCAGAAAAGCGAGGGACAAAUUCGGAGCUGGUGGCAGCAAGGCAUGAAUACGAGCUUUAAAACAGCAUACGAUGCAAUCAAGGACUUUUCAGAGACAGAUUUCACGGAGGACCUCAAAAAAAUUGACAUCCCAGUCCUGGUUCUCCACGGCGACGAUGACCAAAUAGUUCCCAUUGAGGCGUCCGGGUACAAAUCCGUGAAGCUUUUACGACAAGGAAAGCUGAAGGUCUAUCCAGGAGGGUCUCACGCCAUCCACAACAUUAACAUCGACGAGGUUAACAAAGAUCUUCUCAACUUCCUUGAGUCCUAGAAAGGAUAAUUCUACCUGUCGUUCUUCUUGGCGGCAUUUGGAAAGACUUCACUCACUCGUACCGGAUGAUGUGGAAUCAUUUAUUGUUUUUUAAUGCUCGCUUAGAAGCAGUACAGUAUGCUAUGUGACCCGCAGGGUUUAAUUAUUUCCUAUGCUUCCUUAGCUUCGGCGAUACACGUUGCGGACCUUUUGAUAAUAACAAUCCCUGCAAGCCGACAAUCAUCAUUUGAACGUGGGUCGUGAUCGUUGAUCAUCAGUUCCUAGCUUGUUUAUUUAAUUGUUCGAUUUUAUGAUCAAA